AUGGAGAUCUGUUGUGAGCGGAAUUCCUGGCAAGGUCUGUGUCGGACAAGGCCGACCGAUAUGAUCUUUAUCAUCGACAGCUCCCGUAGCGUGCGUCCUCACGAAUUCGAGCAGGUGAAAGUGUUUGUGUCCAAGGUGAUCGAAUCCCUCGACAUCGGGCAGAACGCAACCCGCGUGGGGGUGGUGAACUACGCCAGCACCGUCAAGAACGAAUUCCCCCUGAAGGCGCACUUCACCAAGGCUAGUCUCCUGCGAGCCGUCUCCCAGAUCCAACCCCUCUCCACCGGCACCAUGACCGGCCUCGCCAUACACUUUGCCGCCAACGUGGCUUUCAGUGGGAUUCAAGGGGCAAGGACGCGGUCCUCGGAAGUCAGCAAGAUAGCCAUCAUCGUGACUGACGGGCGUCCACAGGAUCUGGUGCAGGAGGCAGCCACUCGGGCGAAAGAAAGCGGCAUUGAGUUCUUCGCGAUCGGUGUGGGCAGGGCAGAGCUGAACUCCCUGCGUGAGAUCGCCAGCGAACCCCUGGAAGAGCACUUAGACUACGUGGAAAGCUACAGCGCCAUUGAGAAACUCUCCAAAAAAUUCCAGGAAGCAUUCUGCGUGGCUGACCUGUGUGCCAGUGGGGACCAUGAUUGUGAGCACAUCUGCCUGAGCAUUCCUGGAUCUUACAAGUGCGCCUGCAACGAGGGAUUCACUUUAAAGCCAGACGGAAAAACAUGUGGAACUUGCAGCUCAGGAGGAGUAGAUUUGGCCUUCGUUAUCGAUGGUUCGAAGAGCGUGAGACCUGAAAACUUUGAGCUGGUGAAAAAGUUCAUCAAUCAGGUGAUCGACACUUUGGAAGUCGGCGAGCAAAGCGCAAAUGUGGCCCUCAUUCAGUACUCGAGCUCGGUCAGGACAGAGUUCCCUCUCAACAAGUACAAGACGAGCAACGACAUCAAGGCAGCGGUCAAGAAUAUGGAGUACAUGGAGAGGGGGACGAUGACUGGCAUGGCCCUCAAACAUUUGACGGAAAAUGUGUUCAUUCCCUCGGAAGGAGCACGAGCAAAUGUCCCGAAAGUAGCCAUCGUGUUCACUGACGGACGGUCACAGGAUUACAUCAAUGAUUACGCGCAGACCGCUAAAGACCAAGGAAUUAAGAUGUUUGCUGUUGGAGUAGGGAAUGCACUGGAGGAGGAAUUGAGAAUAAUUGCAUCAGACCCAGUUAAGGAUCAUUAUCACUACACUGCAGACUUCAAGACGAUGAACAAAAUCGCUGAUAAAUUGCAGGUCAAAAUAUGUGUGGAACCACCGAAGAAAGACCCUUGUGCGUGUGAGUCCCUGGUUGAGUUCCAGACCAAGGUUGAGAAAGCAAUGAAAACACUGACAUCGAAACAUAUCCUUUUAUAUCAGUUAAUUUUCGACCCGCUAGACACGGAAGAGAAGCCAUAG